AUGUUGAUACCAGCGCACUUCCUGCUGCUACUGCUGCUGCUCCUAGGGGACCCCAGCACAGGCCUCUCCGAAAAGUUGUACAAAGCCGAGCCCAUCUUCAGCUGCCUCAACAAGAAAAGCCAGCUGGAGGAUGCGCCCCUGCUGAGCAAGAGAAGCUUCCCCUCCCUGCCCAGCCAAGACUCACUCUCAGGAGAAGACCAGGAGAAGGAGGAGGAGAAAGACAAGGAGAAAAGGACCUUCCCUGGCUCUGGCGGUGGCGGUGGGGCUAGAAGCACCCGGCACAAAUACCUGUCCCAGGCGCAGCUCCGGCGGAUGCUGUACCAGGACAAGGCCAAGAGUGACCAACGCACCAAGUUCACGCUCUCCCUCGAUGUCCCCACUAACAUCAUGAACAUCCUCUUCAACAUUGCCAAGGCCAAGAACCUACGAGCCAAGGCAGCUGCCAAUGCCCACCUGAUGGCCCAGAUUGGGCGGAAGAAGUAGAAGCAGAGGCCAGCAGGAGGGCGGCCCAUCUGGG